AUUACAAAAAUCCUUGUUUAAUACGUGUUAUCAUUAUUGACGUGUUAUCAAGAUAUCAACCCAUCCAAUUCCUAAUUAUUAAUUAUUCAAAACCAACUAUUACAACAAACUAUAGUGAUUACUUUUGAAGCAUAGGGUGUUUCGACUAAAUAUUUUUAUUUUAAUACAAAAACAAAUAGACAACAGAUUAGUUCUUCACUAUAUCAUGUCAAAGUUUUGCUAGUAAGGAGGAAAAUAAAGCUCAAAAAAGAAGAAAAUGUAUGCAGCAAAUGGAUUGUACAUUGUUCAGGGUGAGCUGUUGUCAUUAAUUUCUGCUUUGAAGAGAGACCAUAAUUCUUACCAGGAUGAAGAAAGGUAUUCUCCUUGUAAGAGAUUGUUUAAAUUACGAGAUGCUACCAAUCAAGUAGAAGAUUUGAUGUCACUUAAUUUUGAUCAUGUUAUAGAACCAUUUUUAGAUGUCAUUCGUUGUGAAGAAAUUACUGGUCCAGUAACUAGCCUAGCUUUGAUAUCCAUUUACAAAUUUAUCAAAUAUGGAUUAAUUAAAAGAUGUGUUCCUGAAGUUAAAUUGCUAACAACUGUGGAAAAUAUUGCGGACGCAAUUACACACACGAGAUUUUUAGGCACAGAAAAGACUAGUGAUGCUAUCGUUUUAAUGAAAACAUUACAAGUUUUAUAUUGUUUGAUAAUGUCACCAGAAGGGGAGUAUCUCCCAAAUGAAAGCGUUUGUGAAAUAAUGAUGAGCUGUUUCCGAUUUUGUUUUGAAGUCAGACUUAGUGAAUUUGUUCGGUCAUAUGCUGAAUACUGCCUAAAAGAUAUAAUUCAACUGCUUUUCUCAAGAUUAGUCAUCUUAAACAAAGAACAUGGCAAUUUCCCAAAAAGAUUAGGAUUGAACAUGAAAAAUUAUAGUGAUCCAUUGAGAGAACACAGCAACAGUACUGAAAAUGUGCAGACUCCUGUUGACACAAUCUCUGUUAAGUUAUUAGACCAUGAUGUUCCUAUUAAUCAUUGCAAUGUUACUUUUGGUAAUGAAUCUAUUGAACCACUUCCAGAAAAUAUAAAUUCUCAAACUAUUAGCAUUCCAUCAAUAGAUGACACUCCUUCACUUAACAAUGGGGGUCAAACAAAUAUUAACAGAGACGAAAAUACAAUUGAUAAUGAAAAAAAAGAAUAUAUAAAUGGUCAAGGAGUAAGAUUUACAACACAGGUGACAAUGCCUUAUACCAAAGUUCCAUACAAUAGUGGUUGUGUUCUGGAGCUAAUCAAAUUUCUUGUGGACGCUUGUGAUCCUCAUGAUCAGCAGAACACUGAAGUUAUGAUAGGAGUUGGACUCAAUCUGUUGGUGAUAGCUUUUGAAGUAGGAGCUUAUGCUAUAAUGUGUCAUCCUAAUAUGCACUCCGUCAUAAAAGACCAACUAUGUCGUAAUAUAAUUUCUCUGUUAUCUUAUGAAAAAAUGCCGAUAUUCAGUUCUAGUCUCAGACUGGCUUUUUUAGUAUUUGAAUCUAUGCGUCAACUAUUAAAGUUUCAAUUGGAAUACUACUUGUCUAGCCUGAUCAACAUAAUUGUUAAUGAUAAUUCAAAAGUACCAUAUGGAAAAAGAGAACUAGCCUUAAAAUGUCUUGUAAAACUUUGGAAAAUACCUGGACUUGUAACUGAACUAUAUUUAAAUUAUGAUUGUGGGCUUUAUAGCUCAGAUCUGUAUGAUGAUAUUACUAAACUACUAUCUAAAAAUAUUUUUCCAAUAAGUGAUAUAUACAGUAUACAUUUACUUUCAAUGGAUGCACUUCUUGCUGUGGUAGAUUCCAUUGAACGACACUGUCACAAUCGAACACAAUUUACUCAAAAAUCAGAAAGUAGUUCAACUUAUGAUAUAUCAGAUGAUCAAAAAUCAGAACCUGAAACACGUGUAGAGAAAUGGCAGAUGGAUUUUGGCAUUAACAUUCCAAGUCAUGAAGAACUAAUGGCUAUUAAAAGAAAGAAGAAGUUAUUGUCUUCAGGAACAGAAAAGUUUAACACAAAACCUAAAAAAGGUAUUGAGUUCUUACAAGAGCAUGGUCUUCUUUCGACACCAUUAAAUCCCACUGAAAUUGCUACAUUUCUAAAAGAAAAUCCACUUUUGGAUAAGAAAAUGAUUGGUGAAUAUGUUAGCAACAAAAACAAUGUGGAUGUUCUAAAUAGUUUUAUAAACUCUUUUGAUUUAUACGGAACCCGUCUUGAUGAAGCAUUAAGAAUGUAUUUGGAAGCAUUUAGACUACCGGGAGAGUCACCGUUAAUAUCAUUUGUAUUGGAACCAUUUACAGAACACUGGCAUAAAUGUAAUGGAGAACCAUUUGCAAAUGCAGAAUGUGCGUUUUUGUUAGCUUAUGCAAUUAUAAUGUUAAAUGUUGACCAGCACAACCAAAAUGUCAGAAGAAUUGAUCAACCCAUGACACCAGAGUCAUUUAAACGUAAUCUAAAAAAAUUGAAUGGUGGGGAAGAUUUUGACCAAAUUAUGUUAGAAGAAAUCUUCAAAGAUAUAAAAUCAAAAGAAAUAGUAAUGCCAGCUGAACAAAGUGGUGCUGUAUUAGAAAAUUAUUUGUGGAAAGUGUUAUUGCGUCGUGCAGCUGGCAAAGACGGUACAUAUAUACAAGCACCUAGUGGUGUUUUUGAUCAUGAGUUAUUUUCUAUAUGUUGGGGUCCAACUUUAUCUGCUCUGAGCUCUAUUUUCGACAAGUCUAACCAUCAAGCUGUUUAUACUAGAACUAUUUUGGGUCUAAGAAAAUGUGCUUUUAUUUGUGCACAUUAUGGUAUGUGUACAGAAUUUGAUAGUUUGAUUAUGUCAUUAUGCAAAUUUACUAAUUUGCAAAAUAAUCCAGAUUGUCCGGAAAAUGUUACAAUACUGUUUGGUAGUAAUCCAAAAUCUCAACUUGCCGCACGCACCCUUUUCAGUGUUACUCACAUGUAUGGUGAUAUUAUUCGUGAAGGGUGGUCAAGCUUGUUUGACAUAAUUUUGCAACUAUAUAAAUGCAACUUGUUGCCGACUAUAUUAGUCGAGUCUGAAGAUUUUUUGGAAUUAAGUGGCAAAGUUUCAUUAAUUCGUGAAGCAAUCCCUCCAGGAUCUCAAAAAUCAGAAUCCGGGUUGUUUAGUUCUCUUUACUCAUACAUAGCUUCUGGAGGUGAACCAAUUAGUCACAAAAUACAAACACCAAAUGAAGCAGAACUGAUUGAGGCUUCUAGAAUAUGUGUGUCCGAAAGCCGUUUGGAAAGUUUGAUUACUGAAUCAAAAUUUCUUACCAUAGAGUCUUUAGAAGCUUUAGUUAAAGCCCUCGUUGGAACAUUUUAUAAACCUGAUGGAAUAUUAUUAUUGGGGUCCCGAGAUAAUGAAAACUCUGCUUGUUUUUUAUUGGAAAUGCUUCUUAAAAUAGUUUUACAAAAUAGAGAUAGAGUCAACACUGUGUGGGAUCAAGUGAGACAACACUUGUGUAAUCUUAUGAUGGGUGCCAUUGAAUAUAAACACAAAUUUCUUUUAGAACGUACAGUUGUUGGUCUAAUGAGAUUAGCAUCUCGUUUAAUGAGACGAGAAGAAAUCAGUUCAAUGGUUUUACAAUCGCUAAGUAUAUUACUGAAGCUCAAUACAGAGUCUUUACAAAUUGUCGGUAGACAAAUAGCAUUUGGAAUGUACGAAUUAUUAAAAAUGUGUGCACCAAAUAUUCAUUCUAAAGACGAUUGGGCUCUAAUCUUAACAAUUUUAGAAUAUGUGGGUGCAGGUGUCAUACCUAAUAAUCAACAUCAAUUAGACAGCCGAAUCGAUAACGACCCAGUUAAUGUAAGUGAUAGUAAUGAUGACAGUGGACUAGAUGUUCAAUCAGUGAAUAAUAUACCUACACCAUCAUCUUCCCCGCCUGAUAAAAAUCAAGCAGAAUGGUCAAAAAAUGAAGGAAUGUUGGAAAUUUGGGCUGAAAAUACUAUAUUUACUCGUCAUGAUCCAUUUUCAUUUGUGAAGUGUUGUGAAUGUUUGUCAUUUUUGGUUCGUAAUAUUGCACAUAUUACACCAUACAACUUUGCCAAAUGUGUUUCAGUCCUUAAAAACUUUGCACGAGCUAGUUUGCAAACAAGAGAUAAGAAUAUGCGUCAAAAGUUAAGUGAAAAGCCAAAACGCUUGCAACAAAAAUCAAAUAAGUCUAAGAAUUCUAAUCCAUAUGAUGCCGAUGACAGCGAUUCUGAAGAUAUCCCCAGUAGUUAUACUCAAAUUUCUAUCCAACUAUUGGAUCUCAUGCAUACAUUACAUACGAGCACUGCUGAUAUUUACCGUUAUUGGGCAGAAGAAAAUCCUGACGUAGAAUUCAUAUCCUUAUGGAAUCACGGUUGGUGUCCACUUCUACAAGGAAUCGCUAGCCUCUGUUGUGACUGUCGUCGUGAUGUAAGAAUGAGUGCAGUAACUUACUUGCAACGAGCACUAUUAAUGCAUGAUUUAGUAACUUUAAGUGGUGAUGAAUGGGAAGCGUGUUUCCGCAAAGUUCUAUUUCCAUUGAUGAACAGACUUUUGGUAUGUGGUCAAGAUAUCGAUCCAAGUGGAUUAGAUGAAACGAAAAUGCGAUCUGCUACACUCCUUUCUAAGGUUUUCUUACACCAUUUAAUUCAACUACAAUCGUUACCAACAUUUGUGGAUUUAUGGACUACAGUUUUAGAUUUAAUGCACAAAUUUAUGAUUUCUGAUAACAGCGAUACACUGAGUGAAGCUAUUCCAGAAACAUUAAAGAAUAUGUUAUUAGUGAUGUUAAAUGGUAAAGCAAAUAGCAAAGAAGAGUUGCACAGCAAGCAAACAUUCUGGGAUGCUACGUGGACCAAAGUUAAUACAUUUUUACCAAAUAUGUCUGAAGAUUUAUUACAGCAUUACAACAGUAGACAAAUAGAUCCUCAAAAUCAAAUUAUAUCAGCGGUAUCAGUUUUAUCUGAUGUAUCAAACCCUCAAACACCCAUUAAUCCUGAUAUCACAAUGACACCUCAGAUGCCUUUGUCUUUGGAAAUUUCCCAGAGAAAUCUAGCAUCUCAAAUGCCUAUUCUUCCACAAUCUAAUGAUAUUCAUCGGCGAUCGGUAGACAUUCACUCUGAGAUACCUGUUUCUAAUAUUAUUGAUAAUAAUAAGCAUUGCAUUGGGGAUGAUCAAAAUGAUGAACUGGUUGCUGUAAUAACAACUGUCCCUAUUUCACAACCAUAUAUCCCUGUUAAAAGCGAGAAUGCUAAUGAAAUUGAUAACCAAACACAAGAAUACGGAAAAAAACAAUAUCCGCCAUGUGAUUAGUAAUCGAUUUACAAUUUUUUAUUUAUAACUUAAAUGUUCAAAUUUCAUAAUAUUAUUAUUAUUUUUUUUUUUGUGCGUGUUCAUAUUUCUUAAUAUAUUUUA